AUCCAGGCUGCUUUGACAUCCUCAUCUGUGCCACCUAUAGUUGAGAGGAUGCUGCCAUGGUGGGUAGGUAAAACAGACAACUCCCAUUAGAUUUAUCCCACUGAUGAUGAUCGGUGCUUGUUGUUGGUUGGUUGAUUGGGUAUCUUCAUCACCUCCGUCUUCCUUACGUUCACCUGAAGGAAGUCCAAACUUCCUUCGCUACCUCGCCUCACCUCACCUCUUCCGCCAACUUGUUAGUUUUCGCCUGCAGAUUUCCGAGUUUGUGCGACAAGGGAUUGAACAAAAACCAUCAUUGGCAAAAUGCAAAUGUUCAACGGUCUUUUCAUUGGUCGAGUCAGCGUAUGCCCCUCUUCUCGCUCGCCACGGUUUGCUGCAUGCUCCAGUCGACCAGAAUCAGGAAGAUGAUCGGUGAUGAUAGUAGGCGGCAACUUUGUCUUACUCCUGUUCACUGUCUUCACUUCAAAGGCGGUAUUGAGCUUUCCAUUUUGAACCACUUGGCAUGCGGCAUCACAUCGCAUAUAGCUGCUGUUGAAUGAGGUUGAUAAAGGUUUGUGGCACUAAAAGCGUAAGGUUGAAGCGGCAGCUGCCUGCCAAAUUACUUCUCAAUCGACGCUGUCUAAGGCCUUUUCAAAAUCGAUGAAGUUGAAGUUGAGUUGACUGGCAUUCUAUGCUUUGUUCUAUUAUAAUGCAUAGCGUUGCAAUUUAAUCCGAACAUGACUUGUUUUUCCUGGAUCCAGCCAGCCUGUUCCCGUC